GGCCCGGCGUGACGUCACGGGCUGGGCAUCUCACACUGAGCCGGUGGCGGCGGCGGCAGCAUCUCCUCUGCAGAGAGCGGGAUCCCUGACACAGCAUGAAAUACCAUUUAACUUCUCAUUUGGGCCAGGAAAAUAAAGCUGCUUUGAAAACAAGCGACUCACCAAAAGAAGAAUUCCAGCCUGAAGUUUUCUAAUAAGCACCAUGAACCGGGCAUUUAGCAGGAAGAAAGAUAAAUCCUGGAUGCACACCCCCGAAGCUUUAUCCAAACACUUCAUUGCCUACAAUGCUAAGUUCCUCGGGAGCACAGAGGUGGAACAGCCUAAAGGUACAGAAGUUGUGAGAGACGCCGUCAGAAAACUCAAGUUUGCGAGACAUAUCAAGAAAUCUGAAGGUCAGAAAACUCCAAAGGUUGAACUUCAAAUAUCUAUAUACGGCGUAAAGAUCCUUGAACCAAAAACAAAGGACGUCCUCCACAACUGCCAGCUACACCGGAUAUCGUUUUGCGCCGACGAUAAGACCGAUAAACGGAUUUUCACCUUCAUAUGCAAGGAUUCCGAGUCCAAUAAGCACUUGUGUUACGUGUUCGAUAGUGAGAAGUGUGCCGAGGAGAUAACGUUAACGAUUGGACAAGCUUUCGAUCUGGCAUACAGAAAGUUUCUCGAGUCCGGAGGGAAAGAUGUUGAAACGAGAAAGCAAAUAGCCGGACUGCAGAAAAGGAUUCAGGAGCUAGAGACAGAAAACACAGAACUGAAAUAUAAGGUGCAAGAUUUGGAGAACCAGUUAAGAAUCAGCGACAUAACGUCCUCACCUCUGCUGCACAUAAGGCCCAGUCAUGAACAAAGUAUGGCUGAGAGAUCCUCUACGUUUUUCUGGUGUAAUAAUGAAGCUUCGGUUCCGUGUUUAGAUAUCUGCUCUAUAGCUUUCACCCCCAUGAGUUCUCCUGACUCUAGACUACCGACAGGACUACAUCUAACGCCUCCACCUUCCAAAAACACUCAUCCAAAAUCUGACAGUGGAUGCAGCAUCCCGAGGCCUCGUGCUGGCAGUGUGACACCGAAAUCUCCCUCCACGGAUAUCUUCGACAUGGUACCCUUUACCUCAAUUUCCCCCGAGUCUACCACGCCUACGCGGAAUGGUACGCAGCCGCCACCGGUCCCCAACAGGUCAGCUGAGACAAAAAAAGAUCUAUUUGGAGCAGAACCGUUUGACCCGUUUUGCUGUGCAGUGGGGGAUUUUACACCUGACAUACAGUCCAAACUUGACGAGAUGCAGGAGGGGUUCAAAAUGGGACUAACUGUGGAAGGGACUGUGUUCUGUCUUGAUCCGGUUGACGAAAAAAGCUAAGACGAAGAAUACUGGAAAACUGUGGGACUUUACUGCUUUAUUUUACCUUGGGUGCCAAAGGAUGAAGAUAUUUUUUCAAAUUUGUUACAUUAGAACAGAGAUACUAUUUUUGAAGUUCAAUAGAGGAGACCGAUUAUCGACAACAAAAACUUAACCGGGAGAUGGCACAUGAUAUGUGGAGAACUAUUAACUUUUUUUCCUAUGCAGAAUAAUGAAUUCUAUUCCACAAAUACUGUUAUGAUGCCCAUUUAUGGUUUGAUUGUUUGUUCCGGCACAUUUCUGUGCUAAAAGUCACAAAAUGAUGAUGCUGGGUCAAUAAUCUCUACUACCAACCAUAGUACCUAUUUGUAUACAUUUUUACUGAUUUAAACAGAGCUUACUCAGAUUCGCACAUGUGGUUUUAUGACCAAUGGUUUUGUUUGAGGUUGCCUUCAUGUUCUUAAGUCAUUGUCUCUCUGUAAAUAUUAUUACAACAUUUUUCUACCGGGGGAAGAUACUGUUUUUUUCUGUUUGUACUCAGCGGCGCAUAGUACCGCCACCUUUUUGUGGGUAUCAUUUAAAAGUUUUAGGAGUAAUUUCGGAAUCAGGAAGAAAUCUGCAAAAUCAUCCCAGAAUGAAUACGAUAUGCAUCUGAAGAUUUGGAUAUUGUCAUUCAUAGCUACUCCCCUACAGCUAGCAAUAUUGCCUUGUAAUAUAGAAAACAUUCAUUUGUUUAUGCUACGUGCACCUAGCCUCUUGUGCUUAUUGGCCAUACGUGAAAAUGUUUUGUACAGUAUAUACACAAGUGUCAGACGUGCUUUUAUACAAGUAUACAUGAUAAAACGAAUCAUGGAAAUCGUAGGAUUUGAUAUGGUUUAUUCUCAUAGGAAACUGCACACAUUUAUAAACAAAUACAUUCUUUAUGAAUUCAUUUUUAAUAUUAGUGAACAAGUAAAAUAGGUAAUACAGGGUUUGGGCAGCUUAACUAUGUGAUAUUGGUGUAUAUUCAAUUACCCUAUUCAAUUGAGCCCUAUUCAAUGAGCGGCCAAAUCCGACUGUUGGAUUUGGCCGUUUCCGGUAUCCCGUCCUGCUGCUGCUGUCAGUGUCUGCCAGGUGCGCUGUCAGCGGCAGCUGGGGGGAGCUGUCAGCGGCGGCGGGGCGAGCUGUCAGCCGCGGCGGGGGUGCUGUAUUCAGGGGCCGGGGUGCGCUGCCGGGAGUGAGGAGCCUGGCCGGGGGGACGCCCUGCUCAAUCCGACUUUUUUUUUUAAGUCGGAUUGAGUUUGGCGGAAACUGGACCAAAACCUGUCGAAUUUGGUCCCGUUUCCGACAGAAGCACGUGGAUCGGCGGCUAUUCCGCCGAUCCACGUGCUUUCUGACAAGUCGAAUUCCCCGACUUGUCGAAACAAAAAGCCGGAGAUUGAAUAGGUCGGAACCCCUUCCGACCUGAAAAAGUCGAAAACUGACGUUUUUCCGACAAGACGGCAGUUUCGACACCAAUUGAAUAUGCAGUACCCCAUUGAUUUUUUUUUUUUUUUUUUUUAGAUAAUCACAGAAUUGUACUUUUUAUUUUAAUACUAUUAUAGGUCUAACAGUUAGGCAUAGAAAGCUUUCCUGCUGCUUGCCUAAGUGUCAUACGGGUCUAUUUACUAGGAGAGAGAUAAAGUAGCAGCCAAUCAGUUCCUAACUUCAUUUCUCAAACAUAGCCCAUGACAUGUCUGUUGGGAUCUAGUUGGCUGGUACUUUAUCCCCAUCCACUUUAUUUCUCUCCAAAGCUUAGUAAAUAGACCCCAUAUUAUUCUAUUUAUGUCUUGUAUAGUUUAAAUUAGAGUGUGGUUCGGUUCUCCAGAAAUCCAAAUGCACCCACAUUUUAUGGAUCUGAACUGAUCAAAACCUGGUCCGGAUCUCCCGAGGAGAUUUGAUCUGAACGGAGUCCUGGCAAACCUCCCAACAUUGCCAACUGAAGAAGAGGGACUCCUGCGCGCAUCUGUCCGAAAAGGGGGCAUGGCCUAAAUGAAAGGGGUAGGCCUCGCGGCAGUGCCACGAUCGCCAGCCACGCCCCCGUUUUGGUCACUAAAGGGGGUGUGAGCCGCUGGCAUGCCCUCUCUCCCUCUAUCUCCACUGAAUAGACGCUGUGCGCAUGCCGUCUCAUUUCUACUGAAGUUGCAGUAUUCCAGCGCCGGUUUUUUGGCCACGUUUUGUCCGCCACCGUUCUGACCGCCGCAUGCCUGAACGUAUCCCAAAACAAAGUAUACCAUGACAAAACAAUAAAUGUAAUCAACUUUAUAUAGUAUUCCGCAAUAUUGAAUUUUCACACUGCAUAUUUAAUGAAUACUGUACGUUGGGCCAUUGCUCAUUUUAAGGUCUGCAAUCUCCCCAGUAAAUUAUAUUAAAUAAAUCAUUUUACGGCACAGCUAGAGAACACAGCUCUAGUCUGUAAUUAAUUUAGAGACUUGUCCUUAAUCUCAGUUGCAAAAUACAUUUGUUUCAAAGCUUUCAUUUUAUGAUAUAGCGAACCAAUAAAAGUUAUAAAUACACUGAACACUUGUAAAACAAGACAAUGGGGGUCAUUCCGAGUUGAUCGUAGCUGUGCUAAAUUUAGCACAGCUACGAUCAUCUUCCCUGACAUGCGGGGGGACGCCCAGCACAGGGCUAGCCCACCCCGCAUGUCAGUCUGACCCCCCCCCCCCCCCCCACACACACACACACACACAAAUACAAAAGCAUCGCACAGAACUAUUCUGUUAUACUGUGACAUUUGCGCUGUGUACGAAGUGCUACGAUUGUGACUUUUUCUCGUAUCAAGUUCUGUUGUGAUUCCUCUGCGACUUUGUACGUGUUUGUAACUAAUUCCUGUGCAGCUACAGUCGCACCCAGUGUCUCUAGCUUCAAUGUGUCUAACAUGCACAAACUUUAAAGUAAAAGACUAUACACUACACCUCCCAGAGCGGCUCAGCCACGCCGGGCUUCUGACGCCGUAUAGCGUAUAAACACUAAGGGGGAGAUUCAAUUCUUUGAAAAGUCAGUUGGGUGUCUGGUUUUUCCUACCUAAUAGACAGGGGGGGGAAAAAACACCCAACCGACUUUUCAAACAUUUGAAAUCCCCCCUAAGAGUAUAAGGACACAUCUGUAUUUGACAUCCCAAGAUCAGAGUCCAAAAUGAAUGUAAAGAAGCCAGUAUACAUAAUUGAAUACUAAUCCAUACCUCCCAAGUUUUGUGUGAAGGGAGUCAGGACCAUCGCGUGGCGGAGCCGUGCGCGACUCGGUAAGGGGGAGUGGCCUUGGUCAGAAAGGGUGUUUCCUCACCCCGAGUGGGCGUGGUCUCGUCAAAAGGAUCCAUUUUCCAGCCUUUUGGGGGCGUGCCCAGUGUUCCCCUAGCAGCCGGGCAGCCCCUUACUCCCCUCCCAGCAUUCAAUAGAUGCCGUGCGCAUACUGUUUUCACUUGCUGUUUUGCAGAGCAGCGGGUGAUCUAAGCCUCCCACAGCUGCCUUCCCCUGCGCGCGGCACACUGCGACCCACAUGUGGGACAGUGUCUUAAUUGCGCUGGAAUCGGGACAGUUAGGAGGUAUUCUAGUCUGUAAUAUUACAUGUUCUAGUUUACGUGUGAAAUAUGGGCAUAUUCUACCACCACGUAGCGUGUGACCCUGUCAUGGGAGCUGAUUAGAUUUGCACCCCAGAAAUUGAAUGGUUUGCAGAGGUGUUGAGUCUUCAACCAGCGUAAAGUAGUCAGCAGCAUUUUUAGCAAGAUUAUGUUGCUUUCCAGGUAGAACAUUUUACCGGAUGCAGUAUGUUCAUAUCAGUCAUAGAUUGCUCAUACUGUACAUCUUCUUGCCUGAUCAAACGCAUUGUGAAAAGCAGUUAUAUUUCUGUAUGACCCAUUCACCAAUUUACCUGACUGGGCUAGCUUAUUUUACUUCUAUAGAGUUCUAUAACCCACUAGAAUCCUCUGUGUCUUGAUGUUUUAGCAUUAGCAGUUGUAAGCACAACAAUGCAUGUUAUACUCCCAGAACAAAUAUUCUGAAGCAGCACUCUAAUGGAUAAAUCAGGGGAGUUUUUAACGUAAGAGAAGAAAAUUGGUGUCUGCAAUUUUCCCUUAAUUUUCCCAUCAAGCUGAUUGAAGAUUUUGGGUUAGCAUGGCAACCACAGUCACACUGCACAUGAUGUACUGAAACACCCCCUCUGAGCUCUGUCUGCACGUCAUCCACCCCCCUCUGCCAUCACAUGACUAUGUCUGUGCAUGGUAGCCAUUUUUCUUGAGGAGAUGCGUACAUGCAGGAACAUGUACAGUACAGAUGCAUGGUUACUUUCAGUUACAAGUACUGUAAUUAACUUGCUAAUUAAAGAGAAUAGAUUAGUGACGCAUUGCUGUACAAAAUUUGAAAUUCACUUAAAAUAAUCAUAGUUUUAAAUGCGAUUAGACAUUUUACUAUUUUUUAACUUGUUCAUCAAUGCUGUAUAUAUAGUUCCCUGUUUCUGUUACAACAAAAUAUCAUACAUUAGUAACUAGAUUGUCUGUAUCUUAUUGUCACUUAAGAAGUCUUUAUAAAUUGUGUCAUACAGUAUUUUGGAAUUUGUAUUAUGGGAAUGAUUAAGUAGCCAUGGCGAUGGCUUUUUUUUACAAAUAGGAUUUGUAUUUUAUUGUACUUUAAACAUAAAUAAAAAAAAAAACAUAAUUUGCAUAUUUAGUGUUCGUUUACUAGAAACCGUAACACAGCAAUAUAUUCACAAUUUGCACAUGCUGACGCAUUAAUGUACAGUUUCAUGUGUUCCGGCAGCCAACGUGGUCAGUAUUAACAGUAUAUAUAUUCAGGAGACUGGAACUAAUAUGGGACUGGAGGACAAAUUGUGCUAAACUGCAUUUAUCUGUCAAAUAAGUCAUGUUUUGAUGUUUCAGAUUAUAUUAAUUCUAAGUAUCUCACUAAAUAAAGUUACAAACAUUUCCAAGUA